AUGGCUAAAGGAUCUCUCGAUUCCAUGUCAUCAUCCUACCUGCCGGAUCACCCAGGACUUGCAAGCAAUGACAGCAACGCAAGAAUACAAGCUUCAAAUAGCUUACGCGACCUGUCUUCUGUGAAGACAGCAACAGAACCAAUUCCAAUUACGCCAAACCAAUCACUACAUGGAAGUCGGCGUCCAUCUUUGGCAAAAGAUCUUUCUCCUUUAACAUCUGCAGCUUCUGACGGAGUUCAAUCGUCCAGUGGAGAGGGUUUAAAUUUGACAGGCUCUUCUACAGAGACAUCUUCUACCAUUCAUUCCAAAAACGGACCCUCCACCACAGCAAGCAGAAUUACACGGUCGAUCUCUAAACAAAACAUUUUCCGCUCAGUCAACUUACGCAAAAAAACCUCUUCAGAGGGGGUUAUUGCUGAUCCCAUUCUUAUUAACACUGGUCCAAGACGCUCCACCAGCGCUCUGUUCAACAAAUCAGUUACCAUAUCCAAUGAAGACCCAUAUCAACAUCAACAUCUACAGCUCCAACGUCAUUCAGUUUCAAAUUUACUAGAUGUGGAGGGUGAUAAUAAUAAUAAAAAUAUUAUUAAUAAAAAUAAUAUUAUUUUCCAGGUAAACCCAUCAACAACCAAAAUAAUACAAAGUGACAGUUUUGAUGAUCUUUCCAAGUCCCAUUCGGAUAACGAGUCUCAAAACUAUGCGCAAACCCAUAUUCCGGCUCCUCAAUUGACUUCUUUAACUAAUUUCCCUAACAGCUCUGGGUCAAUGCUCUUGACGCACAAUAAUCUUGUUCUUGAUCAGCAAACCCAAAUAUUGAAGAGCGAAGAAGGUCUGAGUUCUUCUCCUUCUUUUACUACCACCAAUUCUCAAAACACUUUUUCAAAUUUAUCUUACAACAAUAUCACCAAGAGCAGUAGUGGUGGUUCCAUAUUUAGCACUUCUACAAAUAACUUUUCCUCGGUUUCUUUACCUGCCUCCCUAAAUAUCACUCCUACUCCUAUUCCUCCUUCUUUUUCCCAAAGUAUAGCCCCUGAAACUGACUUGUCGUCAACAUCCAAGAAGAACAAAAAUAGCCUUUGGACUCGGUCUAACGCUGCCAGCACAACAAAAAGACUCCUUAAACUGCAAAUCAAGUCGAAAUCAAACUCGAAAUCACAGCGUCAUAGCAACGUUUCAACAAACAACGACUCCCUUGAACAAGAAAAGCAACCAUUUCCCCCAUCCUUUUCUAGUGAACGCAAAAAGAGUACUUCUAGUCUUCUUUCCUUUAACUCAUCUUCUCUUCCCUCCUUCUCUAAAGUAACUGUCGACGACGUUGAAUCCCAACCAAGUUUAAAUCAAGGAAAUAGCCAGCAUCAACGCUAUCAAUCACAAUUCACACUUAGUUCUUCUCCUCAUCAUAAUAUGCGACACAGCCACAGUGCUCAAUCCAUUUCAAUUUCUACUCUUUCUGCCAACCGAACGAAAUUGUAUGAUGACAGCCUGUCUUCUUCACAAUACUUUGGAGAAAUAAAACACAGACGCUCAGAAGACAUUACUAACCAGCAUUCAUUUGACUUUUUGCUUGAAGAAGACGAUGAGGAAAAAAUCUCAACGUGGCACCACCAUGAAGCGGAAAUUCUCAGCUAUAUGGACAGCUAUCCUGGGUUUCUUCGUCAAAAGAAAAUAUGGUACUUGUCUUCUCGACCCACACCUGACGGCAAAAGUUUUUCAAAUCUUAAUAAAAAUGACAAACCUUACUGGAAAUGUGCUCUUGGAUCCAUUGACACUAAAUCUCAUCUCUCGCUUGUUGUAGACAAUAACACAGAGACUGGAGGUGUUUUGCUUUCGUCUCAUGAUAUCCGUUCAGCAAAGGUAAAAAUCAAUAUUAUUACCCAAGUAAUUCAAAUUAAACUUGAACCUAGCAACAACUAUGAUAAUAUCCAACCACAUCCUUACAGUAGCAUUGCAGGGGACGAUUCCGAUAAAUCAGCUACUUUCCAACAGUAUACAAAUGAAGAAGGAAAUAUUAUUCCUGUCAUUACUUUAAAAUGCUCAGACUCAAACUCUGGGAGUUGUUUCCAUGAAUGGGUGGCCGCAAUACUUUUACAUGCCAACCUCAAGCCGCCUGGACUUGAAAACAAGGUUUACUCGCCUUUCCAAGUUCUUCAGCCAAGCAUUGUACCCUCAGUUACAUGCUCAGAAACAGGCUCAGAGCCACUUCCGAAAAAUAUUUUGGACACUCAAUCCGAAGUCGUUUUUGAAGGGUAUAUGCAGAUUUAUAUUCCAUACAACCAUCAAAAACAUAAUUGCCAAAUUAAUGCCAAUCAAACAAAGCCGCAUAUUGGACAAGCCAACAUAGAAAAAAGUAGUGGCAGUGGUGAUGGUAGUGGUGGUGAUGACGAGUUUGUUUAUGCCGAAAUCCAACACAAUGACACACAUGCAUGGAAGGAUAAGGACAAUACUUCUAGAAGCCAACCUCUUUUUUCUAGAAACUCACAUGAACAAAGCACCACCUCACAACACAAAGGCAAAUUAAGCUUUUCUGACUCGACAGAAUCCAAUCAAACACAUCCAGACUUAUUAUUGGACUCCCCCCAUUGCGAUGACUUGAUCCCCCCCUCAUCUGAAUCAUCAUUUAAUGAGCCCGGUGUUUCUGAUGGCUCUUCUCUUAAAUCUGUUGCAUCUUCUGUGUCACCAUUCAAUACCUGCGAAUGGACUCAAGUUUAUGCUACUCUUUACAAAGAUGGCAUGCUAAAGUUUGCAUAUUCUGGUGGUUCUCAAGACAUUGACUCAGAUGAAAUUAACUCUGUAAAAUCCGGGAGCAAAAUUUACCACACGAUUAACGUAGGGCAUGUUUUUUCUUCAGGUAUUAGGCUUUUGGAUCGUUCUGUCUUUGAUGUUCCGAAUGUCAUUUACCUCGGCGAUCGGCCCAUAGAUGAUGCUAAUCUAGACUCGCUACUUUGCAAAUCUAUUUCGUCUAAACCAAUUUUUGCUUCUAAUUCUCUGUCUAUCAACCAAGGGUCUUUGCACCAAGAUAAUUCUGCACCAGCAACUCUUCGCCCGACUGUAAACGAUGUUGCCAUUAGGGCUCCUGUUGGCGCCGAUGGCUUGAAACCAUCUAAAAUACUUUCUCGCAUGUCGUCUCAUAACAACAUACCAGAGUCGCCUUCUGUAACACGCAAAGAGUCUUUUGAGUCUUCUGCUUCUCGUGCAAGGUCCUUGCAUACCAGACCAGUUUCUAGUAUAAUCAGCACCAACUCGUCUAGUAGCUCAGCAAGUGUUUCGAAAUCAGGUUCUGGAACAUCUGCUGAUCCCCCCCAGCCAUGUUCUCUUUCUUCUUCACCAAUUUCUGGCGUUUCGACAAAUAGCAGUGCUACGUCGUCUCCCUCAGGAUCAGUAAAGAAGAGACGAUCGCUUCAUUUGAAGUACAAAAAGUCUUCUACUUCAAACCCUCUUCCCCAUACAAAAUCAUUUCCUUUAACUAAUCAAAAAAGAUCAGCAUCUGCCACUGGAUCUGUUUCCAUGCCUUCAUCUGCACCUCCCACUACAUAUUCUGAUGCAAACUCAAAUAACUCUAGCGCUACACUUUCAGCUUCAACCCCUUUCAACCACGAUCUUAAGAAUUAUUCUUCCGUUGGAUUAUUUACCGUUUCUCAUAACAGUAUUUCUUCCGGAUCUGAUCAAUCUACAGAAUUUUGUGCCAAUGAGGAUCCAAAAUCGAGCCCGUACAUGGAGUCUGAUCCUUUUAGACUUUCCACACAGCCCGAAAAUGAUACUGCUAUAUUUUUGCAUUUUGGCACAGAUUCAGAGUCUCUCAAAAAAUGGUUUUCAGCUCUUAAGUCUAUUGCUCGAUUAGAAAUAUUUUCACCGUCAACUGGAAAUUUAAAUGAAUCCUUUAGAAUUUCUAGAACCAUUACUGUUCGUGUCCUUGAAGUGAGGCUCGAACCAAUUGAAGGACUGGGAUUUUCGAGAUGCUCAUCUACUGCUUCUUUACAAACUAUUAAUAGAAAUCCUCUCCCCAACACGGCGUCACCAAUAUCUUCUGUUUCUAUUUCAUCAAGUGCUAAUAUACCACCCCUUUCAAGCAAUUCUACCCCUCCAGUUACGCAGCGGACUUCUGCUAAUGCUACACCUUCAAACAUAUCUGGCAACACUAUUCGCAAAGUUCCAACAUUAAGCUCUUCAGCAUCACUUUCUUCAUUUCCCUCACCAGGACUUUCUUCUACUCGCGAUUCACAAUACGCCGUAUCAAAUACAGCUAAAGGACAAUCUUCACCUGCAUCUUCUUUUCAUCAAAAGCCUACUCAACGGCAAUCUCAGCAAAAGGAACCAAAUCCUUUUCAAAUUCAGUCCAUGUCAACCCUUCCGGAUUCUUAUGUGGAAAUUUAUUUUGGUGGCAGAGCUUGGGCUCGUACUUCUAUUGCAAAAUCAUCUCGUAUGCCGUUUUGGCGCGAGGACUAUGCAUUUAAAGAUUUCCCUGGUAUUGGAGUUCCAAAAUUUUAUUUUGUACUUCGCCAACGCCAAUCUUCUAAAACUGAAACAGAUGAAAACGAAAAUUUCCUUGAUCAUCAGAAUGACCCUGUUCUUGGAUAUGUUGCUUUGACGCCUAGUGACAUUCGAAAAAAUGGAAAUUUGGAAAAACCAUAUGAAAUCACAUCAGUUUACCCCAACUCUUCUUCUCCACAGUAUCGCGCGUCAUUAUUUUUAAAGAUUGCAUACGAAGAGUUGACAAUAGGCCCUGCCCAAUGUUACAUGCUAAUUGAUAAAACCCUUUCUUCUUUGGCUAAUCGUAACUGGGCUAGACUUAUUCAGUCUGAUGAGCGUCGAGAUGUAACUCUUCUUUCAGAAACAUGCUUAGAAAUUUGUCUUUCUGAAGCAAGUGGAUUUUCUGCCAUCAAGUGGAUUAAAUCCCUUAUUACUGAAGAAAUAUACAAAACGCAUCGGUUCAUGAUUGAGAAGUCUGGUGAUGCAGAAAUGUUUUCUUCGUCGCCAAGAAAUGAAUCCAAGUUUGCUGAUUUGAAGAAGAAUAUUGAUAACACUCUGUUCCGUGGCAACUCUAUUCUUACUAAAUCUCUUGAGCGUUAUAUGCGUAUUGUAGGAUACAAUUUGCUGGUCAAAACUGUUGGCACUUUUGUUAAGCUUGUUAUUUCAGAGCAACCGGAUUUGGAAAUGGAUCCAUCUCGUAUUAAAAUCUUUUCCAAGUCUACUGGAACUUAUUCUACUGAUCUUGACAAAGACGACCCUGAAGUGGUUGCUGCUUCUGAAGUACACCAAACAAAAUUAGCUCAUUAUACUUCACUUUUGUGGAAGCUUAUUCGUGAUUCUGCUGAUGAGAUACCUCCUGGAUUCAAAGAACUUUUUAGCCACUUAUCUAAAGAGCUUCGCUCGGUUUUGAAUCAAACUGAAACCUCAGUUUACAACUCUGUUGCUGGUUUUUUAUUUUUGCGGUUUUUUUGUCCAGCAAUUCUUAACCCUAAGCUUUUUGGCCUUGUGAGAACACAAUCGGUUAUGACUGUUCAACGUUCUCUUACGCUUAUCACCAAGAUGAUUCAAUGUUUUGCGAACCGGACAAGGUUUGGAAUCAAGGAACCAUGGAUGAUACCCAUGAAUUCUUUUUUCGAGGAACAUAAGGAUGAGCUUUUUGAAUACUUUGGAAAAGUUCUUACUGUUGAUCCCAACAUUAGCACCGAAGCUGCUUUAGAAAAAACCACUGAUGGAAAGUUUUUCAAAUACACACCACAUCCAUUAGGGCAAAAUUUCAAUAAUCCAUUCCUUAUUGAUCGUACAUCAACAUUUAUGCGACUUAUUGAACUUUGGAAGUCUUCUUAUUGUACUGCAGACCAACUUUCAAAGCUUACUUAUGAGCGUGACAGCAGAAAAAGCAGUAUUGUAAAUUCAACACCUAGUUCCGCUAGUUCCAUGGCAUCCUUAAGCUUGGUACCCCAAACAUCUCAAACAUCCACGCGCAACAAUAGCAUAACCACAAUUAUGUCUUCUUAUGUGAAUGGCCUUCCUGUUCACCCUUAUUCUAUUCAAAUGUUGCAACCUUCAAUUGACGGCCAACCAAGUGAAGGAGAUCAAAAUACAGUUGAUUCAUCGAAACUCAGUCCCUUUUCAUUUUACGCCAAUGGUUCUGUCAGCCAAAUGUUAUACAGUCCUGAAGCUGAAAAAUGGUACCAUGACGAAGUCACACGUCUUUUUGGAGACGACUCUGUUCCAGUUGAGUCACUUAUUGAAGAUUUCAGCAAGCUUUGCAAUUACAUUGAUGACGUGGUGCGAAGAUUGCGAGUCAAGCUGGAGAUUCAGCACGAGACGUUUUCUGAGCAAAAUUGCAUGCUUUAUUCCCAACAUUUGCAGUUGAAAUACUCACCUAAAGAUAAUCAAGUGCAGCUAUUGAACUGUGUUGGUGUUUUAGAUCCUCAUCAAGAAGCUUCGUUCCCUAAGCCACAUAUUGCCAGAAGUGAACCCACCCAGCAGACAAAAAUGGUGUCUUCUACAUCCACUUCUUCUUCUGAAGUUUCUGUACCUGUAUCUACUGACUCUGAAAAAAGUUGUAUGACGGCAAACACUACUGCUUCUGCUUCUCCAUCUCCUACAGUACCGAGAUCCAUUACACCAACUGUUCUAGUCGCUGAUCGUAAGCCGUUGUCUCCAACUACUAGCUCACCAGCUACUACUAUUCCAUCAGUCACAAUAUCGCCACCAUCAUCUCGAGAACGAAUUCGUGAACAUGACAUGGUUCCUUUUGCCGUUGCAUUGGCUGCAUCUCGAAGUGAUUUUGAAGCUUACUACAACUACAAAAACAAUAGUUCACUUCAAAAAAUGCCAUCUGAAUCGACAUCAACUUUGCGCAAAAGUACUUCUAAUCAAGAAAAUUUGCCUCUUGCUUCUAUUGAUUUAGACAUGACACCUUUCCCAUCUGCGGAUUUUGUUAAAACUCAAAUUGAAGAUACCUGCAAGCUGAGUACCCAACUGGAUGAUGAUAUUUCGACCACAACUGUUGCUAACUCUAUUAGAAAGGCAGACGAAAAGAGUAGCAUUAAAAAUCUUAGCAACACGUCACGCAACAGUUCGCCUUCUAAGAAACAUAUUCCAUCCAAGUCUUUGGAGUCGCCUAAUUCUUCAUCAAAGAUCAGGGUUUCCAGACGCAGCAGUAGUCUUUCAUUUUCAUCUUUUCCUUUGAUUUCUUUUCAGUCUUCAAAACGAUUGUCAAAGCAUUCGGAGCCUUCAAAUUCCUCAUCAAUGUUCCCGUCACCGCUUCCUCCCCCCUCGAGCUCUACACGGCCAUAUCCAAGAUCAACAUCUAUGGUACAACUUCCAUCUUCUAUAGGACCAGCCACAGCAGCAGCAGCUGCUGCAAUCACCCAUUCAUCGAAUAACAAUGAAUUAAAUGCUGGGUCUUCGAGUUUUUCCAAAACUAGAUUUGGUUCUACCAAUUCUCCCAACGUACCUGGUGCUCUCCCUUUACCAAACUCGCCAUCUUCUGGAUCAUAUUAUUAUACCCCUACAUCAUCAAAUUCCGCUGGAACUUCUCCAAUUACUGCUCCUUCUUCUAACCAAUUCAGCCCAUCUGGCAAUGGGCCCCGAGUCUCAGUUGGUUCUAACGCACAUUUGAGACAUACUGGAGGGUCAAAACAAAAACGGAAUAGUGCUGGAACUAUUGUUUUUUCUUUAAAAUCUUCACAGUCUUCUCAGUCAUCAAAGGCAGCUCCACAUUUGGUUUCCCAUAAUAGUCAGCCUAAUCCAAGCAGCAGCCCAAGUGGCACUUCUUUAUCUGCACCUUCUUCUAAGUCAUUAACUUCAAAAAGUAUCGGUGAUUCGCAAACACGCUCUAGAUCUUUGACCUAUCCUCGACCCCGACCUAUGUCCCAAAUUAUCACCUCAACCUCUGGUGGCAUAUCUCCUUCUCGUCAGUUAAGUGACUCUAGUACCUUGAGUUCUUCUAGUGACUCUAGCAAUGAUAGUUUUCUUAGCACACAUUACUUUCGCAGACAAACAGGAAACCAUUUGAAACAUAAUUCUAUUUCUGCGGGCAUGUCUCAUGGCUCCACUCGACCUAUUUAUUCUUCUAAUUCAUCGCAUGUCUCAGGUAUUACCCCCCGCAGCUUGGCGGAAAGAAGCGGAUCUAUGGGUUCCAAUCCACCCUCUAGUCCAGUACUUCACGCUACAAAACCACAUAUUUAUUCUUCAAAUCCUGCAUCCCCGGUCUCUUCAUCAACUACGGGACCAAGUUCAAAUACAAGUGCCAGUGCAGCAGCAGCGGCAGCCGUGGCUCGCUCAACAGCAACUACAAACUUUUAA